AUGCUAUUCUUAGUGGGGCUUGGACUAGGGACAGAAAAGGAUAUUACCUUGCGAGGACUGGAGGCCAUUCAAUCAAGCUCGCUCAUCCUAUUGGAAUCGUACACUUCGCUUAUCGGUUGCAUAGACUGGUCAGAGUCUUCCUAUUCGACUUCACUUGCGGACUCAAGAUCUAUGAAAUCUCUGGAUACUCAGAGCGGAUUUGUAAAGGCCCUAGAAAGACUUUCAGCACAAUAUGGCGGGAAAUCAAUCAGAAUUGCCUCUAGAUGGGAAAUCGAAUCUUCGAACGAGAAUGCCGGAUUCCUGCAUGUGGCAAAAAAGGAAAAUGUCGCCCUAUUGGUAGUGGGCGAUCCGCUAUUUGCAACUACACACACAGAUUUACUAGUAAGAUGCAAAAGGGCAUCUAUCGCGUACCAAGUUAUUCACAAUGCAUCUAUAAUGAAUGCAGUUGGUUCUACUGGGAUUUCGAUGUAUGCAUUUGGGCCCUCAAUUUCGGUUCCUUUUUUCACAGAAAAUUGGCGUCCAUAUUCGUUUUAUGAAAAACUGGAAAAGAAUCUAGUCAACAAGGAGCAACAUACGCUUCUUCUUCUUGACAUAAAAGUAAAAGAGCCAACUGAGGAGGAGCUUGCUUGUGGCAGGGUUGAGAACCCAAAAUCUUGGAUCCCACCCUCUUUCAUGAGUAUUAGGGUAGCCAUUGAACAGCUUUUUGAAGCAGAGUCGGUCAUUAAAAGAGGAGUUGUUUCUUCAUCCACAUUGGCUGUUGGAAUAGCCAGAGCAGGUCAUUCUAGCCAAUUAAUUGCAUCUGGAACCCUAACCCAAUUAAGAGACUACGGUGAUGCUUGGGGCGCGCCAUUGCAUGCCCUAGUUAUUCCUGCAACUUCCCAGCUCCAUGAACUUGAGUGGGAUAUGAUUCGAAGCUUUUCUAUUUAA